AUGGAGGGCCUAACAGCUCAGCUCAGCAACACCGGUGUCGGGCCAGCUUCAUCGGUUCGCGCAAGUGCCUCUGUUAGUAUCCGUUCGCAGGUUGCAUCGACGAGUCGCGCCGCUCUCUCACCUUGCUCGUUUCUAGGACUGCGAAGACGGAUACUGCCUACUGCGACCCCGCGAAUUGCGGAACGACUCCUUUCUCGUCCUUCUCUCUGCUCGAAAUGGCGACUCGGCGUUUCCGCUGCAUCCGCCGCAUCCGACGGCGGCAGUAGCGCUUAUAGCAGCAGCUCCCCCGAGAAUGCCGGCCAGGUUGCUCCAAAACCAGGCGUAGCAGGACAGGUUUUACCUGGGUCUGCUACAGAAUCAGUAGGAACAGUCUAUAUCGGGGAUGCGGAUGCAGCAGCAGCGACUUCUAGGGCCAGUCGGCACCGUCCCGGGCAGAUGGAAUUUGUUCCCGGGCAGAAGGAAUUUCGUCCCACGAGAAACAGAGUGCUGGCAAUGGCCGCAGUGGCGCUCCUUCUCUUCCUCAACCGUCGCUGGCUCCUAUCUGAGCUCAUCUGCUCCUCCCUUCUCAUCCUCUCUCUCUUCACCGCUGCCUGCGGCUCCACCGCCGUCUUCCUUGUCUUCCUCGCACACUCCCUCCUCCUCCUCCUGCCCGACCCCAUCCUCACUCCCCUCUCCAUCCUCCUCUCUCUCAUCGCAUCUGGCGCCGAAUUCCUCUAUUUCGCGGCACUCGCUCAGUUUGACGUCAUGCCCGUGGGACCGGUUAUCCUGAACUCCCUUCUGGUUACCGCCGUGGUUACUGUAGCACAGCGAUUUGAUUCCGACCCGGAGAGGCUAAAUGGUCCGCUGUGGCUUGCUGGAUCGGCAGCUGUUGGUCUCGCGACAGGUGUCGUUCGGCCACUGGUUUUCCUGGUUAUCCUGACCAUCCUCACUGGGUUCUCUGCGGCUCGUGCUAUUCUUUCAUCGUCAGCAGAAGCUGCUGCUGCAUCUGCUCCAUCAUCCACAACUUCCUCCACCUCUUCCUCCUUGCCGUCUGCCACUACCAAGCCUCAAGCUUUGGCCGGACCUAACUGGCUGUCAGUGGUGGCUCCAGCAGUGGCGGCGAUUGCCGGAGCAGCGGAGAGCCUUGUGGUUCGUCUGCUAGCGGUGGGGGUGUAUGCAAUGCUUGCGGUUUGGCUGCACCAUUCAGGGAGAAUUACCUUUCAAAGCGAGCCUAGUAGUGCAACAGCAGCAGCUCAAGGAAAGCAUGCCAAGAUCUGGAAGCUUCAACCAAUGAACCUGAUUCAAGGACUUGUGGCGUUUGCUGGUCUGGUGGCUGUGAUGCGGUGGGGCAACAGUGCCUUUCUUGCGUGGAUGGUGCUCUGA